GUCGACCCGGGCUCGCAGGGCGGUGGCGGAGCAGUUAGCUGCGGCGAGCAGUUAGCUGCGGCGGAGCUAGCGCGCCGGCGGUACGGAGGACUGGCCAUGGAGCGCGAGGUGCAGCGGGUUCGCGCGGCGUUCGGGUCCGGCCGCUCGCGCCCCCUGACGUUCCGGCGGCGGCAGCUCGAGGCCCUGCGCGCGAUGGUGCAGGAGCGCGAGAGGGACAUCCUGGCGGCCAUCGCCGCCGACCUGAGCAAGAGCGAAUUCAACGCAUACAGUCAAGAAGUCAUCACCGUGCUUGGGGAAAUUGAGCUUGUGCUGGAGAAGCUUCCUGAAUGGGCCGCUGCUAAACCAGCUCAGAAGAACCUGGUCACCAUGCUGGACGAGGCCUACGUCCAGCCAGAGCCCCUGGGAGUCGUGCUGAUCAUCGGAGCUUGGAACUACCCCUUUGUCCUCACCAUCCAGCCUCUGAUAGGAGCCAUCGCUGCAGGAAAUGCUGUGAUUAUCAAGCCUUCUGAAGUAAGUGAAAAUACAGCCAAGGCCUUGGCUACGCUCCUCCCUCAGUACUUAGACCAGGACCUGUACGCGGUUGUUAAUGGUGGCGUCGAGGAAACCACGGAGCUUCUGAAGCAGCGAUUUGACCACAUUCUCUACACGGGAAACACCACUGUUGGAAAAAUUGUCAUGGAAGCCGCCGCCAAGCAUCUGACCCCGGUGACCCUUGAACUGGGAGGGAAGAGUCCGUGUUACGUUGACAAAGACUGUGACCUGGACGUUGCCUGCAGACGCAUCGCCUGGGGCAAGUACAUGAACUGCGGCCAGACCUGCAUCGCCCCCGACUACGUGCUCUGCGAGCCGUCCCUCCAGGACCUGAUCGUGCGGAAGGUGAAGGAGGCCGUGAAGGAAUUUUAUGGAGAAAACGUAAAAGCAUCCCCCGACUAUGAAAGGAUCAUCAACCUUCGUCAUUUCAAGAGGAUACGAGGUUUGCUUGAAGGACAGAAGAUAGCUUUUGGCGGGGAGACCGAUGAGGCCACACGCUACAUAGCCCCAACGAUACUCACUGAUGUGGAUCCUAAAACCAAAGUGAUGCAAGAGGAAAUUUUUGGACCAAUUCUUCCAAUAGUGCCUGUGAAGAAUGCAGAAGAAGCCAUACAGUUCAUAAAUGAACGCGAAAAGCCCCUGGCUUUCUACGUGUUUUCUCAUAACACUAAGCUCAUCAAGCAAAUGAUCGACAGGACGUCCAGCGGGGGCGUCACGGGCAAUGACGUCAUCAUGCACUUCAUGCUCAGCUCCCUGCCCUUCGGAGGCGUGGGGUCCAGUGGGAUGGGAGCGUAUCACGGAAAACACAGUUUCGAUACUUUUUCGCAUCAGCGUCCCUGUUUAUUAAAAAGCCUGAAGCGAGAAGGCGCAAACAAACUCCGGUAUCCUCCCAAUAGCCAGUCGAAGGUGGACUGGGCCAAACUGUUCUUCCUGAAACGGCUCAACAGAGGGAAACUCGGGCUUCUGCUGCUUGCCCUCCUGGGCGUCGUGGUGGCGGCGCUCAUGAAGGCUGGAUGCUACUGAAGAGUGAUCCGUGCCGCCGCAUCAUCCUCUCUACCGAAUUAUUCUUCUACCAAAUAAUUAAUGAACCAGUAAUUUUGAAAUCCUGCCAAAAAUUGUAAGACAGUAUGCAAAUGCACCAUCGCCAAACCUAAAAGUCAUUGCCACUCACCGUUAAUAAAACUCACCGUUUCAGCCAAAGCCCAGCACUCGCCCGCCCAGUAGUGAGACGCUCGGAGAACCCCCAUCCCUAGAGCUCUGGGCUGGGGGAGGGGAGAGCGCGCUGGGAGAACCUGAGUUCGCAGAACCUGCUCAGCGACUCUGCUGCUCAGGGGACAUGGGACACCCUGCCCUUACCGCGGGCAUCACCCUGUGGCCUUCCAGAGCCCAGCCCCGCCCAGGCUUCCAGGUCUCAGUCCAGAGAGGUAAGGCGAGGUCUCCCAGCCCCCUUGGGGUUCGAGGCACUAGAACUGAGGUGUGGGGGCUCCCUGUCCCUCGUCUGUCGGGACUUGAAAGCCUGACCUCCGGGAGUCGGCCCUCCUCUCUCAUCCACUCUCUGUCCUGUCUCGUGCUUGGUCUGUGAUGGUCCGUGCGGCCGUCCACACGUGGUUUUGUGACUCAUGUCACUCACUCAGAGCAUCUUGUAAAUCCUAGGGCUUCCUGGAAGACAGUUGCCAAUUUCAUACAAGUAUCAGCUAUCAUUCCUAGGGUGCAGGAGUUGUAGAGUUCUGCAUCUUACAAAACCCACCUGGCAUUUUUUACUGCUGUCCUGAAAGUACUCAUAACAAUACUUAUCCUCGCAUAAUAGGACCUUCAAGUUGCAAGUUAAUGGCUCUUCAAGGACAAAUCUAAGUUUCUUAUUUCUGUAGCAGAAGGCAAGUAAAUUUCCCUUUUUUAGACUUGAGAGAGAUGCCUUUCUGAAUAGAUUGGGUCCACAGAACUUAACGUGGGGACCAUUUCCUGUCCUAGACGGCUCUGCAGCCCUGAGAGCCUCGGGGGCUGGUGAGUGGGCGUCUGUAGGAGGACCCUGAGCCACAGCAGCUGCCCCGCCAAAGGGGACGGAAGACACAGGGAGAUGACACCACCCCCUACCCCCACCCCCCGGACCCCGGCCUGGGGCACUUCAGCCAGAUGGAAAGUCUGAAGGAGAGCCCUCGGGGCAGGGGGCCGGUGGUGGUCCGGGCUGCAGGGGCCGUACCCUCCCCGCCUCCACGCUUGAGAAGACUCGGCCGCUCAGUGAGAGAGUGUAACUCACUCUAGGAACGUGUGAUCUACCACUGAGUGAACUGCUCCGUUAGGCUGUCUGCAGUAUGUUACAUCUGCAUCACAGGACAAGGUGGUGAGAAUCCAUCACUAGACUAGUUUAGGAAACAGCUGCUUAAACCACUAUCAGAAUAAUCAAUCAUAAAAGAGCUCAGACAGAAUUUCAAUACGGAAUUUUCAUUUGGUAUAUUGUACGUUACACUUUUUUUAUAUACAGCAGGUUAUUAGUCAUCCAUUUUAUACACAUCAGUGUACACAUGUCAAUCCCAAUCUCCCAGUUCAUCCCACCACCACCACCACCCCCCACCACUUUCCCCCCUUGGUGUCCAUACGUUUGUUCCCUACAUCUAUGUCUCUAUUUCUGCCUUGCAAACCGGUUCAUCUGUACCAUUUUUCUAGAUUCCACAUAUAUGCAUUAAUAUACGACAUUUUUCUCUUUCUGACUUACUUCACUCUGAAUGACAGUCUCUAAGUCCAUCCACGUCUCUACAAAUGACCCAGUCUUGUUCCUUUUUAUGGCUGAGUAAUAUUCCAUCGUAUAUAUAUGUACCAUGUCUUCUUUAUCCAUUGAUCUGUCGAUGGGCAUUUAGGUUGCUUUCAUGACCUGGCUAUAGUAAAUAGAGCUGCAAUGAACGUUGUAGUACGUGUCUCUUUUUGAAUUAUGGUUUUCUCCAGGUAUAUGCCCAGGAGUAGGUUUUUUAAGGAACCUCCAUACUGUUCUCCAUAGUGGCUGUAUCAAUUCACAUUCCCACCAACAGUGCAAGAGGGUUCCCUUUUCUCCACACCCUCUCCAGCAUUGAUUGUAGAUUUUUUUGAUGAUGGCCAUUCUGACCGGUGUGAGGUGAUACCUCACUGUAGUUUUGAUUUGCAUUUUUCUAAUAAUUAGUGAUGUUGAGCCUCUUGUCCAUCUGUAUGUCUUCUUUGGAGAAAUGUCUAUUUAGGUCCUCUGCCCAUUUUUUGAUUGGGUUGUUUGUUUUUUUUAAGAUUGAGUUGCAUGAGCUGUUUAUAUAUUUUGGAGAUUAAUCCUUUGUCCGUUGAUUUGUUUGCAAAUAUUAAACAUUCUAAUUAAGCAAAAUUA